GGAUUCUGGACUUUCUAUUUUCUGAUUGCGUUGUUGUCGAGAAAACUCAGCGAAAAUUAGUAAAAUUUACCGUUUUACAGAGCACACUUGGUGGAUAACUCAGCCCUUGACAAGGAUUCGCAAAAGAAGAAGCAGCAGCGGUAGAAGUAGAAAAUCGAAGAGACCCCGCGAUGGCCGAAGUGGAGAAACCGACGGUUGCGGUGGUGGCCACGCCCCCGACCGACAUCCCAGAGGCACCGGCGGCAGCAGCCACGCCCCCAACGGCGCCGGCGGCUGUAACGCCCACACCCACGGAUGUGGAGCCGGGCACCUCGCCCACCCAGGAGCCCAACUCCAAUUCGCAUCCCCACGACUCGGAGUACGACACGGCCAGCGAUCUGGAGGGCGGCGAGGGUGACUACGACGACGAGGAGAGCGGAAGUGGAAGCGGUAGCGCCAGCGGCAGCGAGGAGGAGGAGGAAUCCGAGUCGGACGACGAACUGGGCAGCGAAACGGAUGACGGCGAGGGGGAGCAGGCCCUGGACCGCUCCGUCGCGGACAGCGAGGCCCAGAAGAAGGUGGACGAGGACCGCAGCAAUCCGCAGUACAUUCCCAAGCGGGGAACUUUCUACGAGCACGACGACCGAACGGCGGAGAACGAGGGCGAGGUGCUCGUCGGGGAGCCGGAGAGCGGUGCUAGCCAGGCACCGGCGGAGCCCAAUGGCGAACUAAAUGGUUUGGCGGCUGCGGGAGUUGCUCCCGGUCCAAAUGGCCAAACGCCACAGAUCUCACAGGCAUCCAAGACCAUGCGCAAGUGGCAGCCGGCUUCUGGUGGAGAUCGCUGGUCCCACGACCGCUUCGAGGCCACGGAGCAGGCGCCCAAAUCGCGGCAAGAGCUGCUGCAGACCUACGGCUAUGAUAUCAGGAACGAGGAUGCACCGCCUCGAGCCAGACGUCGUCGGCGGUACACACGUGGGCCUAGUAAAUACUCAAGGAACUGGGAGGAUGAACAGGCCUACCUGAAGGCCAGCAACAAGGAGCGCAAGCCGCCAAGGCCACAGGAUUUCCCGGCUCUCAACGAGAGGAAGCCACGUGGUCCAAGAACCUCUUCGUCCCGAGAGGAGAAGGAGAAUAGAAGGUCUGGAGGAGCAGGAGGCCUGGUUGCCUCGGAGAAGCCACAGCCUUUGGCCAGUGGCUCCAAUCCACACAGAUCGCAGGAAAGGGAACGUGAAAGGGAGCGGGAAAGGGAGCGGGAGCCCAAGAACCGCAAUUUUGGAAGGAUGAACGGCGGCCCGGGACGUCAGAAUGGCAUGGAGUUCAAGAAGAACCAACGCGGACCGCAGCCAAGAGAGCCACGUCCCGACCAACUGGACAACAACCGCAACAAGCCGACCACUCCACGCUCCAACCAGCAACAGCCGCAGCAGCCAACUCAGCACCAGCAGCAGCCGCAACAACAGCCGCAACAGCGACAGCCGCCGCAGCAACAGCAGCCUCCUCCACAGACGCCGCUCUCCACGACGAACCUCUCGCAGCGACUGCAGCAGGUGCAGCAGCGCAACGAUCCCAGCCAUGUGGGCAGCGUACAGAUGCACUCGCUGGCCAGCCAAAGUCAGGCGUCGCAGCAGCAGCCAGUCCAUCAGGAGCAGCGAAAUGCGCCCAAGCGCUACUCCAGCCUGCGUCGUUCCCAGCAGGAGGCAUCCCAGCACCUGGCGGAGCAGCAGCAGCAGCAACAGAUGUUGCAUCUCCAGCAGCAACAACAGCAACAGCAGCAAUCGCAGAUUAUGAUACAGGACCCACACAUGCUGAUGCAGAUCGCCUACCAGCAGCAGGAACUCCAAGCCCAACUGCAGACCAUGCAACUGGGACCACCACCCACUGCAGCGGGAGCAGUGGCGACGCCACCAAAGCCACAUGCUCCGUACUACGUGACCACCGGAACGGAGAAUGUGCCCGUUCCGGUGCCCGUGGCAGUUUCCCAGGCUCCCUAUGUGAAUCCGGCCAGUGCCGCCUACUUGCUCCCGCCUACGGCUCCCUCGGUGGUGCCGCAGCCCACUCCACAGCCGCCCGCCCAGGCUCCCCAGGCCGCCACGCAGCCGGCGCAGCCGUACCAGAACUACAACACGGUGGGCGGCACCACCUACUUUGUGCCGCCGGCCCAAACCGCCAGCCGACCAGCUGCUCUGCCCCAGCGUCGUCCCACCAACGCGAUCCCCAUCCUGCCGCCCUCGGAGAAGCACAAGGGCAAGGGAGGUGGUAAUGGUGGCGCCAAGGAAGAGGGCAUCUCGGACAACAUCGAUCAUAUAAUCGACAACAUGUUUGUGCAGCGACCCUCGGCUUUCCAGGCCACCGGAGAGGGUGCUGCUCCAGGUGGAGCAAGCGGAUCGAAGGAGGAGGUGGUGACCAGUCAAUCUCCUUCUGCCGAGCAGAACCUUCAGCCGGUAACGGCCACUGGGCAGGAAUGAGUGCAGGCGUUCGCCGGCUUGCCGACGCAACAGCAACCGAGACGAGGUCAAAGGAUCGCUCCUCCUCCAUCCGCCGGCUACUCAAUGCUGCCGCCGCCGCACGCUGGCUACUACCGACCUCCGCCCCCGCCGCACUAGUGCUCCAAACUCAUCUGAUGACUUUUUUUUCCCCCAUUCUGUCCUCGGGUCUGCGACCCCACGAUGCAAACUGCAUAAAUUGUAGAAACGCAGUAAGAACCAUUUGUAAUUAGCAUUUAGCUCCCAGAUAAUCGAACCUACUAACGAGAAAAUUUUUCGUAUAUAGACGACGUAUAUAUAUAUAAUCCGUAGUUUCUAGGGCCAAGCUGCGGCGCUCGCUUAUUAAGUCGAAAAAAGUGAAAGAGUGCUUAGCUUAUUUAGCCGCAUUUUAGAGUUGAAACAAAUGAAUUACCGACAGAGAAAUGUAUUUGCGUAAACUAAUCGAUUAUUGAAUUUAAAUAAACGUUUAACACGAA